GCCGGCGUCCCGCGCGCGGGCGGGGAAGGCCGCGUGAGGCGAGAGCGAGGCUUGGCCCUUGCGCGCGUGCGCGCGCGGAGAGCGUGGCGGCGGUGUGGGAGCCGCCGCGGCGCCCCGCGGGCUCUGCGCAUGCGCGGAGCCAGGAGAGUGGGAGGCGUCGCGCCCCGGCGGAGGAGGCGGCGGCGCGGCAGGCCCGGCAGGACAAUGGCGGCGGCAUCCGCGGCGACGGCCGUGGCCGGAGGGACAGCAGCAGGCGGCGGCGGAGGAGCAGCCGGAGCGGCGGGGGGAGGAACGGGAGGCAGCGGCGGCAGCUCGGCCCCAGGGGGCUCCGCGGCGGCAGGAGGCGCCGCCGCUGCCGUUUCCUCCUCCUCCUCCUCCUCCUCCUCCGGCAGCCCCUUGUCGGCCUCGCGCCGCAAGGACGGAGGCCCUGCCGGCAAGUUCUGGGAGAGCCCGGAGACCGUCUCGCAGCUGGACGCCGCGCGGGCCUGGCUCGGGAAGCACUGCAAGAAGUAUGUUCAAGCAGAUGCUCCUACCAAUAAAACACUGGCUGGGCUUGUGGUGCAGCUGCUGCAGUUUCAGGAAGAUGCCUUUGGAAAACAUGUCGCCAAUCCUGCCUUCACAAAAUUUCCUGCAAAGUGCUUCAUGGAUUUCAAAGCCGGUGGAACACUCUGCCACAUUCUUGGUGCUGCUUAUAGGUAUAAGAAUGAGCAAGGAUGGCGGCGGUUUGACUUGCAGAACCCUUCCCGAAUGGAUCGGAAUGUAGAAAUGUUUAUGAAUAUUGAAAAAACAUUAGUGCAGAAUAACUGUCUAAGCAGACCAACCAUCUACCUCGUUCCAGAUAUUGAGCUGAAGUUAGCGAAUAAAUUAAAGGACAUUGUCAAACGUCACCAGGGCACAGUCACAGAGGACAAGUCUAAAGCCACCCACCAUAUUUGUCCUAUUCCUACCUCAUUGGAUGAAGAAGAGUGGCUAAGACCUGUAAUGAAAAAAGACAAGCAGGUUCUUGUGCAUUGGGGCUAUUACCCAGACAGCUAUGACACUUGGGUUCAUGCUACUGAUAUAGAUGCGGAAGUUGAAGACCCUCCGAUUCCAGAAAAACCGUGGAAGGUUCAUGCCAAAUGGGUUCUGGACACAGACGUAUUCAAUGAAUGGAUGAAUGAAGAAGAUUAUGAAGUGGAUGAGAACAAAAAGCCGAUCAGCUUUCGCCCGCGGAUCUAUAUGAAGAAUGAAGAACCAGUCCGCAGUCCUGAACGGAGAGAUAGGAAGGCAGCCGCAGGUGCCAGAAAAAGAAAGCACUCUCCUUCGCCGCCGCCACCUCCCACCCCAGUGGAAUCAAGGAAAAAAGCUGGAAAGAAAGGACAAGCAAAUCUAUAUGGGAAAAGGCGUGGGCAAAAGGAAGAUGAUGACCAAGAAGAUCUUACCAAGGAUAUGGAGGAUCCAAUCCCUGUGCCUAACAUAGAAGAAGUGGUACUUCCUAAAAACGUCAAUCCAAAGAAAGACAGUGAAAACACGCCAGUGAAAGGAGGAACAGUAGCAGACUUAGAUGAACAGGAUGAGGAGGCAAUGGCUACAGGAGGAAAGGAAGAUGAAGAUCCCAACAAAGGGGACCAGAGUCGCUCAAUAGACCCAGGAGAAGACAAUGUCACAGAACAGACUAAUCACAUUAUUAUCCCCAGCUAUGCAUCUUGGUUUGACUAUAACUGUAUUCAUGUGAUUGAACGCCGUGCUCUUCCAGAAUUCUUCAAUGGGAAAAACAAAUCUAAGACCCCAGAAAUAUACUUAGCGUACCGCAAUUUCAUGAUUGAUACCUACCGCUUAAAUCCUCAAGAGUACUUGACUAGCACUGCUUGCAGAAGAAACUUGACUGGAGAUGUCUGUGCAGUAAUGAGAGUACAUGCCUUUCUGGAGCAGUGGGGGCUUAUUAAUUACCAAGUGGAUCCAGAAAGCAGGCCCAUGGCCAUGGGCCCUCCUCCCACUCCACACUUCAACGUGCUUGCUGACACCCCCUCUGGACUCAUGCCUCUUCAUCUCCGUGCGCCUCAGAUCCCAGCUGCUCAGCAAAUGUUGAAUUUUCCUGAGAAAAACAAGGAAAAGCCUACUGACCUGCAGAACUUUGGGCUUCGCACAGACAUUUACUCAAAGAAAACAUUAGCAAAAAGCAAAAGUGCAAGUGCUGGGCGAGAAUGGACAGAGCAAGAGACUCUGUUGCUACUAGAGGCAUUGGAGAUGUACAAAGAUGAUUGGAAUAAAGUUUCGGAGCAUGUUGGAAGCCGCACUCAGGAUGAGUGCAUUCUCCACUUCCUGAGGCUUCCCAUCGAAGACCCAUACUUGGAGAACUCAGAUGCCUCCUUGGGCCCUUUGGCUUAUCAGCCUGUGCCUUUUAGCCAGUCUGGAAACCCAGUGAUGAGCACGGUGGCUUUUCUGGCAUCUGUCGUCGAUCCCCGGGUGGCGUCUGCUGCCGCUAAAGCAGCUUUAGAGGAAUUUUCUCGGGUUCGAGAGGAGGUCCCACUGGAACUGGUAGAGGCCCAUGUCAAGAAAGUGCAAGAGGCAGCCAGAGUCUCUGGGAAAGUGGAUCCCGCGUAUGGCCUAGAAAGCAGCUGCAUUGCUGGAACAGUUCCAGAUGAGCCGGAGAAGCUUGAUGGAGUUGAAGAAGAAAAAAUGGAAACGGACACAGAUGGGUCACAGGCAGAAAAAGUUAAGGUAGAAAACAAAGGAGAAAAUGAAAUAGGAGAUGGAAACAAAGUACAGGAAGGAGAAGAGGAGAGAAAUGCAGAAAAGGAGCCAGAUGGUGAAAUCCCCCAAGAUUCCAAGCCAGAUGAGGAGGCAGAAGAGAACAAGGAGAACCUUGAUGUGUGCAAAGACAAGGAGAGUGAUGUUGGGAAGAAGAGAAUGGAGCACGAAAUCUCCGAAGGGAAUGUAGCGACGGCUGCAGCUGCUGCUCUUGCCUCGGCUGCCACCAAAGCCAAGCAUCUAGCGGCGGUUGAGGAGAGGAAGAUCAAAUCCUUGGUAGCUCUCCUGGUGGAAACACAAAUGAAAAAACUGGAGAUCAAACUCCGCCAUUUUGAGGAGCUGGAAACAAUCAUGGAUAGAGAAAAAGAGGCGCUGGAGCAGCAGAGACAGCAGCUGCUGACCGAGCGCCAGAACUUCCACAUGGAACAGCUGAAGUAUGCGGAAUUGCGUGCCCGUCAGCAACUGGAGCAGCAGCAGCAGCACAGCCAGAAUGCUCCACAGUCGCACCAGCAUUCCAGCGGCCCCGGCAUGAACCCUCUUGGGACAGCUGGGCAUCCAGGCUUGAUGUCUCACCAGCAGCCUCCUCCGUAUCCCAUGAUGCACCACCAAAUGCCCCCUCCUCACACCCCACAGCCAGGUCAGAUCCUAGGCCCGGGCUCCAUGAUGCCUGGGCAGCCCAUGCCAGGCCGGAUCCUGUCAACCACUGCAGCCAGCAUUCACCCAACUGGCACCAGUGGCGGCGGUGGCAGCACUCCCUCAUCUGGUGCAGCACCAAUGACUGGAAACAUUGUUGGACCCCGGGGGGCCCUCGCAUCUCCAAACGGCUUGUACCCUCCAGCGGCACAGCAGCCUCCGGCUCCGGUUGAUGGGGCCACUCCGCCUCCUGCAGGGGGUCUGCCGGCCUCCACAGCACCCUGAGUGGCCCAGAAGCAAGGCAUUUCUCAAGCCAUGAUGGUAGCAACCAAAAUCACCAUUCCCCGGUUUUCUGCUCCUUCCUUCCGUGGCUUCUGUUCCCCUGCAGGCACACCUGGACUUGCAUCCUUGGUAGUUUGGAGAAAGGUGCCGUGGCAGCUGUUGGUACCUCACUUUCCCAUCAGGAACGAACACACACACACACACCCCUGCUUCGCCUUGGUGCGCACUUUUGCUCCUCAGUCUCCAUGCUCUCUGUGCUCCCUCAAACAGGAGCACCUUCCAGUGGAUUGGGAUUGCUUCAGCAUGUUAGCGGUAAAGCACCGAGGAGCUGUGGCUUGGUCCCGUGAGCAGGAGAGGGGGAAGGCAACACUUCUCCCCCCGCCCUAGGCUGGCCAGAGGCGCUGCAGGUGGGCAAUUACUCAGGAAGCUUUUGGAGCUCUUGGGUUGCCGUGCAGACUUAUUAAAAGGAAAUAUCGAUCUCGCCUGAGAAGAGCCGGAUCAAUUGGUAUCAAGCCUCUGCCGCGGUGUAUUUCCUAACCCAGCCUUUUCCGUCAGAAAGAGCCACGGGGAGGCUGGUACACCUUCUCCCCCCCCCCCCGCCCAGUAGUUCAGUAGCCAAGGAAUAAAACCCAUUGAGUGUUCUCUCCUUU